CCUCGGCCCGGGCCGCUCCGAGGUGAUCAGCGCGGAGCCCCCUCCGUGCGCGCAGCCCGAGCCGCCGCAGCGAUGAAUUCGGCGGAGCAGACCGUUACGUGGCUCAUCACCCUGGGCGUGCUGGAGUCGCCCAAGAAGACCAUCUCGGACCCCGAAGUCUUCUUGCAGGCGUCGCUCAAGGAUGGGGUGGUCCUCUGCAGGCUGCUGGAGCGCCUGCUUCCCGGGACCAUCGAGAAAGUCUACCCGGAGCCGCGGAGCGAGAGCGAGUGCCUGAGCAAUAUCCGCGAGUUCCUGCGCGCCUGCGGGGCCUCCCUGCGCCUGGAGACGUUUGAUGCAAAUGAUUUGUAUCAGGGACAGAACUUUAACAAGGUCCUCAGUUCCUUAGUGACUCUAAAUAAAGUAACAGCAGACAUUGGACUAGGAAGUGACUCUGUGUGUGCUCGGCCCUCUUCACACCGGAUAAAGUCUUUCGAUUCUCUGGGAUCCCAGUCUUCACACAGUCGGACUUCAAAAUUGCUCCAGGGCCAGUACCGAAGUUUGGACAUGACUGAUAAUAGCAACACCCAGCUGGUUGUACGAGCCAAGUUUAACUUCCAGCAGAC